CUGCUUGGCCUGCUGUGUUCAUCCAGCUCUACACCUUGUUAUCUCAGAUUCUCCAGCAUCGGCAGUUCCUACUAUCUCCGCACGAAUCAGUCGCUCGGUUGAUGAGAGCCUGCUCCCCAUGGAACUGCCCCUUUAAGAUGUGAAAGUGGACGUCAGAUAAAUAGGGAGGAUCCGGGUGGCAGAAUCAUCUUCUCGUUCAUCCCGAGUUUUAUCUCUCGGGAUUCAGCAUCGGGGAUGGGGGAGAGCAGCACGGACGGGCGAUCGGGGAAGGAACUGACAGGAUUGCUAUUUCUGUCUGUCAUUGCAGCAGUGCUUGGCUCACUACAAUUUGGUUAUGGACUCGGCGUUAUCAAUGCACCCCAGGCGAUUAUUGAGAAACAUUAUGCUCACAUCCUCAACAUUGACCAGAAUGAGACAAUGGCUGGCAAUCUCACGCAAUCACCCAACCCAGUCAAAGAUCGCAGAAUCAUCAUUUAUUGGACUCUAUCUGUCUCCAUCUUCUGUAUCGGUGGAAUGUUUUCCUCAUUUUUUGUUGGAUGUCUAGCAGACAGGCUGGGCAGACUGAAAUCUAUGUUAGCUAUAAAUAUCCUUGCAAUAGUUGGUGCCCUUCUCAUGGGAUUAGCCAAAUUUGGCCCAUCGCACAUCCUCAUCAUUGCAGGACGGGCUAUCACUGGAAUUUACUGUGGGUUGACUUCAGGAUUGGUGCCCAUGUACAUUGGAGAGAUCUCACCCACCAGACUGCGAGGGGCCCUGGGCACCAUGCACCAAUUGGCCAUCGUCACGGGUAUCCUCCUCAGCCAGGUGUUUGGCUUGACGUUCCUGCUAGGUAACGAUCGGUUGUGGCCUGCAAUUCUUGGCCUCUCAGGUGUGCCAGCCUUUCUACAGACCAUCCUGCUGCCCUUCUGUCCUGAAAGUCCUCGCUACCUCUACAUAAAACUUGGAAAAGAAGAAGCAGCAAGGGAAAGUUUGAAAAGAUUACUGCAGAUAUCUGACACUGACAAAUACAUUGAAGAGAUGAAGAAGGAGAAGGAGAAAAUCCAGAAACAGAGGAACGUGUCCAUAGCACAUUUGUUCUGCUCUUCCAGCUACAGACAGCCCCUUACCAUUGCCUUGAUGCUACACAUAGCCCAGCAAUUAUCUGGAAUUAAUGCAAUAUUCUACUAUUCCACAUCUAUUUUCAGACAGGCUGAUUUAUCACACCCAGUGUACGCUACCAUAGGUGUUGGAGUGGUCAACAUUAUCUUCACUGUGGUUUCAGUCUUCCUGGUGGAGUAUGCUGGCCGUCGGUCUCUCUACAUAAUAGGCCUGGCAGGGAUGUGCUGCUGUGCAUUUCUAAUGACAGUCGGGCUGGUUUUCCAGCACAACUUCACCUGGAUGAGCUACCUGAGCAUGUCAGCUAUCUUUAUCUUCGUAGCCUUCUUCGAGAUUGGACCAGGCCCGAUCCCUUGGUUUAUCGUAGCUGAGUUAUUUAGCCAAGGGGCACGGCCAGCUGCUAUAACCAUUGCGGGUUUCUGCAAUUGGACCUGUAACUUCAUUGUGGGAAUGUGCUUCCCAUACAUUGCGGAACUGUGUGGCCCAUAUGUAUUUGUCAUUUUUGCUGGGCUUCUCUUUGGUUUCACCCUGUUCACAUACUUCAGAGUACCUGAGACAAAAGGCAAGACAUUUGAACAGAUCGUGCAAGGAUUCCGACAACAGAAAUCUACAUCACAACAAUUCAAAGCUUCUGCUACUGAGCUGGAACCUUUGGGUAAUGCAGAGGCCUAAUGGAUGGACAAAGGGAAAAGAUCAGAUUCUGAAACUUUCUACUGUGCAUAUUGAUGUGAAUGGAUUCAAACUAAGACUGAAAGAGGAACCAUGUAAUAUGAUAUACCAGUACCUUUAGGGAAACGUGUUGGAAAAUUGCUGUGCCUCUUCCCUGUUGUUGGAUGAAACCAGAACAUCGACAAUGCAUACUGGUAUUGUAUGAAGAAUGACUAAGUGAACGCAUUUAGUAAAACAUAUUUCCCAGUAUAAGCUGGUUCUAGUCUGGGCUGGAUCCUGUUGUAAGCUGGAUCCCAGCAUGGCCUGUAUUGCCUCUUUUUCCUUUGCUCCAAUGCUCUCAUGGAGUUGGACAAUCAAGAUCAAUCUACCAAUCAUCCAUGAUUAGUCUUAAAUUUCUGGUGAUUCCAGGUUAAUUCCUGGAUCCUGGUGUGAAUUGCCCUGGAGGAACAUCAUCAAUUUGUUUUUCUCUCUGUUUUCCUUGAAUACUUUUACUUGAAAACAUUCAGAGAUGGGGAGAAACAAAAAAUCCUUUUGACCGACAGUUGAACAUUAACCAAUUCACUAGUGACAACCAUCGAUGAAAUUAGGGCACAAUAAUAAUUGUGCUAAUGAACAACAGUUUAAGAUUACUCUGUGUGGAAUUGGUCAAUGAAUACUUACCUUGUUUAACUGAAGCUAAUUGACCAAUUGUCCUAAAACAGAAAUUAACCCCGUUUAUGUAAAAUAUAUCAGCAACAUAUGUUAAAAUAACAGAACCACUUCAGACGAACUGAUAAAGGAUUUUGGAAAUAGAAUAUAACUUUUUCGGGGGGGAGGGGAAAGAGAAUGCUGAAAUGAAAUGGUGCCUAUUGUA